ACUGGCUGCAACAAGCAGCCCAGGGAGAUAAAUAGGCUCACUAUUUUCUGUACUCUGUCACAAUGGGACUACUAUCGUCUCAAAGUCUUUCUUUUCCUGAUCAUACUCCGUGCAUUUGUCGGUCAUCAAGCCUCGUUUCGCUAUGUUCAGCAACGCAAUGGAACCGAUCAAUAUGUCCGCUGAGGUCGACAAUAAUCUUGACAUCAUUGAUGAAUUUAUGAGCAUGUACAACCUGGAAAGAACGGAGUACUCGAAGGCAGCGAAGAGGGCCAAAAAGCUCUGCGAAGACGCUCUCCGCCGGGAAUCUGUGGAAUGCCUCGUUACCUGCAGAGCGAAAGAGCCAGACAGCCUCAGGACAAAGCUGGUGACAAGGCAGAAAGCCCGUCUGGCAAAGGCAAAUGGAACCGCGAACGAAAAUAACGGCUACCGAAGCAUUGAAGAUAUCAAAAGCGACAUCCCAGACCUGGCUGGAGUUCGUAUUGCACUUUACAUCCCUCGAAAGAAAGAACAAGUGAAGAAGAUCCUACAGAGAGAAUUUGCAGUGCAAUGGAAUCUGUCCCUUGGAGACAACGACAACCAAACAUGCGAUGCUCGCUCAUUUCCAGGGUAUUGUGCAGACCAUUAUCGUGUGUUUUUCCGGGAAGAUAUGGACGAGAAUGAUGGCUCAGGCAAGAAAAUGAUCGAGAUACAAGUGGUAUCGGUCCUGCGACAUGCUUGGGCUGAGGUUCAGCAUGACUUGGUGUAUAAACAGCUUGUCUCCACUACGAGAGAAGAAAUUCGGAUGUUAGAUGCGCUGAGCAGUAUGAUCUACUCGGGCGAUUGCGUUCUGGACCACCUAUUUGACAGCCAGUCUGCCCGCAAUCAAUCUGAUGGCACACCGUUUAAAUCAUGGAUUGAAAGAUUUGCCGGGCGCAGGGAUGAAACCCUCGGAGACGUUGAGUCGCUGUGGAAGUUACUUAUGAUAAUCGGACUGGAUAGCCCCAAGCAGCUCUGGGAUGUAUUGAGUCACUUGGAUAUCUCGGUCUCACAGACAAGUGACUAUACUAUACUGUCCCAUGAGUACGACCCUCUUCAACUGAGUAUCACUAACUACGUUAUGCAUCGCAUAAUCCGGUCUUCAGUUGGUCAGUGCAGGGUCGAAAGGGUUAAACACACCAGGCGGACCACAGACAACGAGAAUAAGUAUAAGCUUUGUGUGGUGGCUAAUGCUUUCAUACGACUCGACCACUUUUUCUCACGUCAGGCUGAAUGGUUUCAUGUUUUCUACGAAGAUACCUCGGACAAACAUAAGGUAGAAAUUAAAUGGUUGUCUUCAGGCAAACCGCAGCAAUUUUACAACGGAAGACUAUCACUCAAUGUAGCCGACCAGGAAGUACUAGAUGGCCUGUGGCUAUCCCUUGAGGGUCACGAUAAGGAACCGAUCAAAUUUGCUUUCAACCUUUCUCUGCUAGAGGUGACAGAAAAUUCACAUAUAGAUUGGACUUUGUUGGACAGAUCUCUAUCUUUUCCGACACGCGCAAUAUUCUUUGCACAACGAAGGUUAGAGUUAUCUCAUUGUCCAUUAUAA